UUUUGAUUAAUGUUCAAAUGACUAGCUGUGCUGUGAAACUACUGACUGGGGAUCUGCAGGCUGGUGGAAACUUGUGGUUUUUUUUUGUUUAACACAAAAUAUUAAAACAAAAAAAAAACUUUUUUGUUACUAAUUCAUUUUGGAAACCUACCAAUUGUUUGUGGGAUUCCAAAGCAUGGCAUUUUCUUUGAAGAGGAGGAAAACACUUUAACCUGGAAGAUCUGCUAACUUUCUGGACUUUCCUUUGGACAUCUCCAACAUUCCAUAGGAUCUUUUAGACUUUGGUGGGUACCAGGUGAUGGUGUAUUAUCGAAGAAGACAUUAAGAUGACAGAGGAAAAUAAACCUGACAGUAAAGGAGAAAGUGGGAAAGAUCUGGAGAGACAGCUUCGGCUGAGAGUGUGUGUCCUAAGUGAGCUCCUGAAGACCGAGAGGGAUUAUGUGGGGACCUUGGAGUUCCUUGUGUCGGCGUUUCUUCAUCGAAUGAUGCAGUAUGCUGCUUCCAAAGAUGAUAAAAGUGUCACAGAGGACACAGUUAAGACAUUAUUUUCUAAUAUUGAAGACAUACUUGCAGUGCAUAAGGACUUUUUGGCUCUUAUUGAAGAAUCUUUGCAGCCAGAGCCCAAUGCCCACCAGGAGGUUGGAACCUGUUUCCUGGAAUUUAAGGAUCGCUUUGCAAUUUAUGAUGAGUACUGCAGGAACCAUGAAAAAGCUCAGAAACUACUGCUCGAGCUUAACAAAAUCAGAACAGUGAGGACGUUUUUACUGAACUGCAUGUUACUGGGUGGGAGGAAGAACACAGAUGUUCCGCUGGAAAGCUAUCUGGUUGCACCAAUACAGAGAAUUUGCAAGUACCCACUUCUCCUGCGAGAGCUACUGAAGAGGACUCCAAGGAAGCACGGCGACCAUGCCCAUGUAGUGGAAGCUCUGCAAGCCAUGAAAGCUGUGUGUUCCAACAUUAACGAGGCUAAGAGGCAGAUGGAGAAAUUAGAAGUCCUCGAGGAAUGGCAGAGCCACAUAGAAGGCUGGGAGGGAUCCAGCGUAACAGAUACAUGCACUGAAAUGCUCAUGCACGGGGUCCUGUUAAAAAUUUCAUCAGGAAAUAUUCAGGAGCGGAUAUUUUUUCUCUUUGAUAACCUCUUGGUGUAUUGCAAAAGAAAGCACAGGCGUUUGAAGAAUAGCAAAGGAUCCACAGAUGGACACCGCUAUCUGUUCCGUGGUAGAAUCAACACUGAAGUGAUGGAAGUUGAAAAUGUUGAUGAUGGAACAGCUGAUUUCCACAGCAGUGGAAACAUUGUGAACAAUGGAUGGAAGAUACAUAACACAGCAAAAAACAAGUGGUUUGUCUGCAUGGCCAAGACACCUGAGGAGAAGCAGCAGUGGCUGGAAGCUAUCUUAACAGAACGAGAGAGGAGGAAAAGUCUGACUCUAGGUAUGGAGCAAGAUACCUGGAUGAUGAUAUCAGAACAAGGAGAAAGGCUGUACAAGAUGAUGUGCAAACAAGGAAACCUUAUUAAGGACAGAAAAAAGAAACUCACUACAUUUCCGAAAUGUUUCUUUGGAAGUGAAUUUGUGGAUUGGUUGCUAGAUAUUGGAGAAAUCCAGAAGCCAGAAGAAGGGGUUAACCUUGGCCAAGGGUUACUGGAGAAUGGCAUUAUUCAUCAUGUUACAGAUAAGCAUCAGUUUAAGUCGGAGCAGAUGUUGUACAGGUUCCGAUAUGACGAUGGAACGUACUACCCAAGAAAUGAAAUGCAAGAUGUCAUUUCCAAGGGUGUGAGACUGUACUGCCGUCUUCAUAGUCUCUUUACUCCAGUCAUUAGAGACAAAGAUUACCAUCUCAGAACAUAUAAAUCUGUGGUCAUGGCAAACAAACUCAUAGACUGGCUUAUUGCCCAGGGUGACUGCCGGACUCGGGAGGAGGCCAUAAUAUUGGGCGUAGCAUUAUGUGACAAUGGAUUCAUGCACCAUGUUUUGGAAAAAAGUGAAUUCAAAGACGAACCCCUCCUUUUUCGAUUCUUUUCCGACGAAGAAAUGGAAGGAUCAAAUAUGAAGCACAGACUCAUGAAGCAUGACUUGAAAAUUGUUGAGAAUGUAAUUGCAAAGUCUUUAGUGAUAAAACCUAGCGAAGGCAGCUAUGGCUUUGCCCUGGAGGAUAAAAAUAAAGUGCCAAUUGUCAAAUUCCUUGAGCGAGGUUCUAAUGCUGAAUUGUCAGGACUGGAAGUUGGAAAAAAAAUCUAUGCUGUAAAUGGUGACCUAGUUUUCCUGAGACCUUUUCACGAUGUGGAUUGUUUCCUAAAGACUUGCUUAAACAGCAGAAAACCUCUGAGGAUACUUAUGAGCACGAAACCCAGAGAGACUGUGAAGAUUCCAGAUUCUCCUGAAGGACUGGGCUUCCAAAUCAGAGGUUUUGGUCCAUCUGUUGUCCAUGCUGUAGGGAGAGGGACGGUGGCAGCAGCAGCUGGUCUCCAUCCCGGACAGUGCAUCAUCAAAGUUAAUGGUAUUAAUGUCAGCAAGGAGACCCAUGCUAGUGUUAUUGCCCAUGUAACAGCCUGCAGAAAGUACAGGCGCCCAAUGCAGCAAGAUUCCAUACAGUGGAUAUACGACAGCAUUGAAAGUGCCAAGGAAGAUACAAUGAAAGCGACUCAUACCAAGCCGUCGGGAGAUAAUGGCGGAGAUGGUUUUGAUUGUAAAGUAGAAGAGGUAAUUGAUAAAUUCAGUACCAUGGCUAUAAUUGAGGGAAAGAAAGACCAUGUGAGCCUGACGGUUGAUAAUGUCCACCUGGAAUACGGCGUUAUUUAUGAGUAUGAUAGCACUGCCGGAAUCAAGUGCCAUGUCGUGGAGAAGAUGGUGGAACCAAAAGGCUUCUUUAGCUUAAGUUCUAAGAUUCUGGAAGCCCUCGCCAAAAGCGAUGAGCAAUUUAUCCAAAACUGCAACAACUUGCAAUCUUUACAAGAAAUCGUUCCUGUAGACCUUCAAAGUAAAUUCAGUGUCAUUUGCAGAGAGAAAAUUGAACACAUCUACAGGCGAAUCACUAGUUACAGGAAGUUUUCAAGGGUUUUGAAAAACAGAGCAUGGCCUACCUUCAAACAAGCCAAGUCAAAGAUAUCACCUCUUCAUAGCAGUGACUUUUGUCCCACAAACUGCCACAUCAACGUAAUGGAGGUUUCUUAUCCAAAGACCUUGACAUCUCUCGGUAGUGCUUUUGGAGUUCAGCUGGACAGUAGAAAGCAAACAUCACACGACAAGGAAAAUAGAACUGCAGAACAAGGUAAAUUGAACCCAAUGGUAUAUGUGCAGCAUACAAUAACGACUAUGGCCGCACCAUCUGGACACUCUCUCGGUCAGCAAGAUAACCAUGGCUUACGCUAUCUACUUAAGGAUGAAGACUUGGAAACCCAAGAUAUCUACCACAAGUUAUUGUGCAAGCUCCAGUCAGCACUGGCAGAGGUGGAAACCUGCGUCUCUCAAAUUGAUGACCUAUUGUCAUCAAUAACAUGUUCUCCAAAAACGGAACGUAAAGCAGAGACUUUGAUCACCUCGGACAGUGACAACGAUAAAGGAGAGAGGAACGGCAAGAGGGUCUGCUUCAAUGUGGCGGGUGAUGAACAGGAGGAUUCGGGUCACGAUACCAUCAGCAACAGGGAUUCCUAUAGUGAUUGCAACAGCAAUAGAAAUUCCAUUGCUUCGUUUACGAGUAUCUGCAGCAGCCAAUGCAGCUCAUACCUGCACAGCGACGAAAUGGACUCCGGUGAUGAACUUCCUCUGGGUGUGCGCAUUUCACAUGACAAGCAAGAUAAGUUACAUAGCUGCUUAGAACACCUUUUCAGCCAGGUGGAGUCUAUUACCAAUCUUCUGAGGGGUCCAGCUGUCUCCAAGGCCUUUAAACAGACCAAAUAUUUCACAUCAAGGAGAAGUUUACAAGAAUUUCAACAGGAAAUGGAGCCUAAAUUAAGUUGUCCAAAGCGGUUGAGACUUCAUAUUAAGCAAGAUCCUUGGAAUCUACCCAACAGCGUUCGCGUUCUUGCUCAGAACAUUAAAAAAUUUGUAGAAGAAGUGAAAACUCGGAUACUGUUGGCAUUACUUGAGUAUACAGACAGUGAAAUACAGCUAAGACGAGAUAUGGUUUUUAGUCAGAGUCUAGUGGCCACCGUCUGUGCCUUCUCUGAACAACUGCUGGCUGCUUUAAACAAGGUGUUUGACAGUAACAGAGAGUUUGAAAUGGAGACCCGGGAGGCCAGCAGAAAGUGGCUAGAACAGAUAGCGAGCGCCGGAGUCCUUUUCCACUUCCAGUCCCUCCUGUCACCCAAUCUGGUAGAUGAACAAGCCAUGUUGGAGGACUCGCUUGUUGCCCUGCAUGACUUGGAAAAGGUCAUGUUUUAUUUCAGACAGUCAGAGCAAGGUCCACUAGUUCCAAAUGUCCCCAUAACAUAUCAAGCAGAAGGAAGCCGACAAGCUUUGAAAAUUUAUUUCUGUGUUGAUAGUUAUCAUUUUGAACACCUUCCUCAAAGGCUGAAGAACGGAGGAGGCUUUAAAAUUCACCCUGUCCUAUUUUCGCAAGCCUUGGAGAGCAUGGAUGGCUAUUAUUACAAGGACAAUGUUUCUAUAGAAGAAUUUCAAGCCCAGAUUAAUGCUGCUUCACUUGAAAAAGUUAAACAAUAUAAUCAGAAACUAAGGGCCAUUUACUUGGAUAAGUCAAACCUUCCCCCAAAUACAACAUCUAAAGCUGCAUUCAUUGAUAAGCUGAUGAGGCCACUCAAUGCUUUGGAUGAACUGUAUCGGUUACUGGAUUCAUUUAUUCAUUCUAAGCGCACAGCAGCCUGCGCCAACACUGCGUGCGGUGCCUCCGGAGUUGGACUGCUUUCAGUGGCUUCAGAACUCUGCAACCGUCUUGGAGCGUGCCAUGUUAUAAUGUGCAAUAGCGGGGUCCACAGGUCCACACUGAGUGUUACUCUUGAACAAGCUCUUAUUCUUGCUCGAAGUCAUGGCCUGCCUCCACGUUACAUCAUGCAAGCAACAGAUGUCAUGAGAAAACAGGGAGCAAGGGUUCAAAAUACAGCAAAGAAUCUUGGCGUGAGGGACAGAACCCCAGCCUCUGCUCCAAGGUUGUACAAGCUAUGUCAGCCACCCCCUGCCGAUGGAGAGCCAUAAAAAUAUCCACCUCGGGAUCAUUCAGACGAUGCCUUGCUGCAAACUGAAGAUCAACAUGGAUUUCUGAGUAUUUUGGUAAACCUGUCUGUUAAAUACAUAGAAACUGAAUCGGAAAGGCCAGUAACUAAAUCAUCCACAUGGGACAGCUGGGAACUGAGAACAUGGCAUAUGUUUUGGACUUUUACACUGGAAUUUCAGUGCAUGAUAAAGCACUUAGUGUUGGAAAUAUCCAACAGGGACAUUGAAUAUGAGGAAUGCAGUAAAAAUAUAUAUAUAUCACACUCACAAAAAGCUGGAAAUAUAAAUAUAUAUAUAUAACACUAUUUUUGUAAGUUGUUCUUUUAUUUGGAAACAGAGGCUAUUUGUAAUGAUUUCUCUUUUUUUUAUUAUUAUUAUAAAUUACAGAAUAUCCAUAAUUCAAUUAUACUUAAAAAAAACCAUUUUAGGAUCAUGCUGAAAGUCCUCACAUUUUUAACUCUAUAUAAUGUACUCUUAGAUUGCAGAAUAUGUACAAAAAUAUAUUUUUAUGCUUUGAGAAUGGAUAAAAGUUUAACUACUUUUCUACUUGGGCAAACAUUAACCCACUGAAUGUAUAAAAAACAUACCGGUAUACGUGUUUUAUCAUCCUCAUGUAUAAUAUGCACCAAUGUGUGAUAGGCAUUGCUCGUUAAGAAGUCUUUUAUAUAGAGGUCAUAUUGUUUGUACCUGUACAUAAUGCAGCUCUCUGUUAGUGUCCUAAAAGAAAAGACAAUGUGAGUAUUAGAUGUGGGAUUUUACAGUAAAUACAAUGCUCAAUCUUCUUACACAUGUUAACAUAAGUUUGUCUUUAAAAUUGUUAGAAUCGUAUUUAUCUUUAGUCCUCAUUCUGUGUUGUACAGUUGUGAUUAUUAUAGAUGUCUGUCUGCAUAACCUUGUGUUUUCUCUGUUAUAUUGUUGGAAUAAAGUUAACCAUGUUGCGUUGUGAACACUUCUUA